AUGGCUGCACCCGAGCAGCCGGCGCCGGCCGAGCUCGCCCCGAGCACUUUGAGGGCGGGGCAAGUGGCCGCGGCGAGGGCGGCACUGAUGUGGAAAUCAUCAGGGACCCCUAGCGCCUCUGAUGAGAGGGCUCGCAGGGGACCCAACACUCGGCCGUCAUCCAGCCAGGCCGCGGAACCCCUCCCGGACGUGGUUGGGAGCACCCGGGAGGUGAUCGAGCGGCUGGAGGCGACCGUGGCGGCGGAGCGAGCAGAGCUCGAGAGGGACCACGCCGCCCUCAUCGAGGAGAGGGGGCGCCUAGAAGAGGUUGGCCGGCUCCUGGAGGCCCGCAUCGCCUCGGCCUGCGCAAGCCACGAGAGGGCGAUGCGCGCGAUGGCCGAGGAGCGGGAGGCCCUGGAGGAGGUGCACGAUGAGGCUGUCGCUGCGCAGGAGGAGGCCAGCCGCUUGGAGCAGGCGUCGCGGCGGCAGGCCGUGGAGCUCCUUGCUCGGGAGCGGCUGGUCCGUGCUCGGGAGGAUGCCAUCAGGCAGCGCGAGAAGUCUGUGGAGACCGCCCAGGCAGACUUAGCCCGCCGGAAUGAUGAACUUGAGCGUGGUCGCACCGAAGUCCACCGUCGGGAGGAAGAGGUCGCGAUCCGCGAGACUGAUGUUGAAAUCACGGUGACGGCUCAGGACGCCCAGGAGGAGCAGAUUACUCGGUGCGAAGCGGAGGCUGCCUCGGCGUCGGUGGCCCUAACUGCUUGGGAGGAGCAGGCCGCCAAAUGGGAGACCGAGCUGGCCGCCCGAGAGUGGGCCCUUGCUGCCCUUACCGAGCAGGUGAAGCGGGGACAAGCUGAAGCCCUGGAGUCCCGACCAGUGCGGCCGAGGGGAUUAGCCUUGAGGAGCGGUUGCAGAUUGCGUAGGACGAGCUUGAGACCGUCGUCACCGAGCGGGCCAACGUGA